AUGGCGUUUCACUCCGUUGAUGACUUCCUGAAGGAGUGCCGGCAGUCCGGUGAUGCCGCCUACGCUGCUUUUAGAUCCGUACUUGAACGCCUCGAGGAUCCGAAUACCCGAACUCGUGCGCGGAUCUUCCUCUCUGAGCUCUACAAUCGAGUCGGCUCCUCCGAUCAGUGUCUUCAGACUUAUCAUUUCCGGAUCCAGGAUAUCUACUUGGAUCAAUACGAAGGUUAUCAGGGCAGGAAGAAACUGACAAUGAUGGUGAUCCCCAGUAUUUUUAUCCCUGAAGAUUGGUCAUUCACUUUUUAUGAAGGAUUAAACAGACAUCCAGACUCUAUAUUCAAGGACAGAACAGUUGCAGAGCUUGGCUGUGGAAAUGGAUGGAUAUCCAUUGCCAUUGCUGAGAAGUGGUUGCCUUUGAAGGUGUAUGGCCUCGAUAUUAAUCCUAGAGCAGUAAAGGUCUCUUGGAUAAACCUAUACUUAAAUGCUCUGGAUGAGAGGGGUCAACCCAUCUAUGAUGAAGAGAAGAAAACUUUACUGGACAGAGUGGAGUUCCAUGAGUCUGAUCUUCUGGCUUAUUUUAAGGAUAAUGGCAUUCAGCUUGAACGAAUUGUUGGAUGCAUACCUCAGAUUCUUAAUCCAAAUCCAGAUGCUAUGUCUAAGAUGAUCACGGAAAAUGCAAGUGAAGAAUUUCUACAUUCUUUGAGUAACUAUUGUGCACUUCAGGGUUUUGUUGAAGACCAGUUUGGCUUAGGUCUCAUUGCCAGGGCAGUGGAGGAAGGAAUAUCUGUAAUCAAACCUCUUGGUAUCAUGAUUUUCAAUAUGGGAGGUCGUCCUGGGCAAGCUGUUUGUGAACGCCUGUUUGAACGUCGUGGUGUUCGUGUCACCAAGCUUUGGCAGACUAAAAUUCUUCAAGCAGCUGAUACAGAUAUUUCAGCCUUGGUUGAAAUUGAGAAGAACAGUCCACACCGUUUUGAAUUUUUUAUGGGACUUUCCGGAGACCAGCCUAUUUGUGCUCGAACAGCAUGGGCAUAUGGAAAAUCUGGUGGUCGUAUCUCUCAUGCUUUGUCAGUUUACAGUUGUCAACUUCGUCAACCAGCUCAGGUGAAGAUAAUUUUUGAGUUUCUUAAAAGUGGCUUUCAAGAGAUCAGCAGUUCCUUAGAUUUAUCUUUUGAGGAUGAUUCUGUUGCGGAUGAGAAGAUCCCAUUCCUAGCUUAUCUUGCCAGUGUUUUGAAGGAGAAUUCGUAUUUCUCAUUUGAGCCACCAGCUGGAAGCCAAAGAUUUCGUAAUCUUGUUGCUGGCUUUAUGAAAACAUACCACCGUAUUCCCCUCUCUUCCAAUAAUAUUGUUGUCUUUCCAUCAAGAUCUGUGGCGAUUGAGAGUGCUCUGCGGUUAUUCUCCCCUCGUCUUGCUGUUGUUGAUGAGCACCUGACACGACAUCUACCCAGGAAAUGGUUAACAAACUUAGCACUUGAGAGAACUGCUACUGGUGAUUCAUCUGAAGAUGAAUUAACUGUCAUUGAAGCACCACACCAGUCUGAUUUGAUGAUAGAGCUCAUAAAGAAACUGAAGCCACAGGUUGUGGUUACUGGGAUGGCUCACUUUGAGGCUGUAACGAGCUCAGCUUUUGUGCACCUGUUAGAUAUUACAAGAGAAGUUGGAUGUCGUCUUUUUUUAGACAUAUCUGAUCACUUUGAAUUAUCCAGCCUUCCUGGUUCCAACGGGGUCCUAAAAUAUCUGGCAGGAAAUCCUCUACCCUCACAUGCAGCAAUAGUUUGUGGCCUGGUGAAAAAUCAGGUUUAUUCAGAUUUAGAAGUCGCCUUUGUCAUUACAGAAGAGGAGGCAAUUUUUAAGGCCUUGUCCAAGACCGUGGAAGUAUUACAAGGGAAUACUGCUCCAAUAAGUCAAAAUUAUUAUGGAUGUAUUUUCCAUGAACUGCUAGCAUUUCAGCUUGCUGAUCGACAUCCAGCUGCCGAGAGGGAAAGUGAAAAGGCCAAGUCAGGAGAGAUGAUUGGGUUUUCUAAUUCAGCCAUUUCUCUACUGGACAAUGCUGAGUUGUCAAUUAGUGAUGCUGAGAACAGUUUGUUGAUUCACAUGGAUGUGGAUCAAAGCUUCCUACCCAUACCUUCUCCUGUGAAAGCUGCUAUUUUUGAAAGUUUUGCGAGACAGAACAUGGCUGAGUCCGAAAUCGAUGUCGCCCCUAGUAUCAAACAAUUUAUUAAGAGCAAUUAUGGUUUCCCAACUGAUAGCACCACAGAACUUGUGUAUGCAGAUGGCCCACAGGCCUUGUUUAAUAAGCUCGUUCUUUGCUGCAUUCAAGAAGGUGGAACAUUAUGUUUCCCAUCUGGCUCAAAUGGGAUUUAUGUUUCUGCUGCAAAAUUCUUAAAAGCAAAUGUUUUUAGUAUCCCUACUGAUUGCAGCGAUAACUUCAAGCUAACAGACAAGAUGCUUACCAAAGUACUUAAGACUGUGAAGAAGCCAUGGGUGUACAUUUCUGGUCCCACAAUUGUCCCAACUGGUUUGCUUUACAGCAACAAAGAGAUGGAAGAUAUAUUAAGUACUUGCACGAAGUUUGGGGCAAGAGUUGUUAUUGAUACUUCAUUCUCAGGAUUGGAAUUCAACUCCAAUGGCUGGGGUGGCUGGAACUUGGAAAGCACAUUAUCAAAGCUAAACCCACCUCUUUCUGUGUCUCUACUUGGAGGGAUGUCUCUGAAUUUGCUUAACGGAGCACUAAAAUUUGGGUUUCUGGCUUUAAACCAGCAAAUUUUGGUUGACGCAUUUCAUAGCUUUCCUGGAUUAAGCAAACCACAUACCACUAGUAAAUAUGCUGUAAAAAAGUUGCUCAAUCUGAGAGAGCAAAGACCAGGAGAACUUUUGGAUGUGAUUGCAGAACAAGUAAGAAAUUUGGAGGACAGAUCUAAGCGCUUGAAGGAGACACUCGAGAACUGUGGGUGGGACGUCAUUCAACCCUGUGCUGGUGUUUCAAUGGUAGCAAAACCGACGGCCUACCUUAACAAAACUGUAAAGCUUGGAAAUGCACUUAAAGACGGAAUCAAGCUUGAUGACUCAAAUAUCAGGGAAGUCUUUGUCAACCAAACUGGAUUGUGUCUCAACAGUGGCUCAUGGACUGGAAUUCCGGGUUAUUGUCGCUUCACAUUCGCGCUGGAAGACAACGAAUUUGAGCAGGCACUAGAACGCAUAGUUAAAUUUAGGAGUGUCAUCAGCAACUGAAAGUGCAACAUUCUCAUGUUUUGCUUUCGCACGCACUAUUGUUUUCGCGACUUAGCUGUUGCGAAUAAGCAAGCAUACGAAUUGCUCCUUACAAACUAUUCAUGGAGGUUUGCCGUUGCUUCCAGCGAUAGACAUACGGUGCUUUUCAACUUGAACUGCGAUAAACAACAUUCUCACUGUUUCUGUCACAAUGAAAUUUGUGUUCUCUGCUUCUUUGAUAGAAUAAUACAUGUCUCACCCUACUUAGCUGAUGGUAAUUUGUGGCCGCCAUACCAGUACGUAUUGAUUUGCAGACUGCCAUCUUGUCUCUCCAACAGAAGCUUUGUUCUGGUCUCUUCUGCCAAUUACUGUCAGUUCUGAAUUUGUGAUCAUCUGAUUAAAAAUGUUUUCCUUUGUAGCAAAA